CACUAAGGACAACAACAACAACAACAACACAUCCUGGGCUCUGCGAUUUGCGACCACAGCAAGCAAACAAGAGAUGCUUCCGAGCUUUCAGCAUCAAGACGAUAAGAGCAAGAGGCGGCCUCGUGCUCGAACAAGCUCCGCGAGCUCCAAUGGACGCGCAUCUUCUCUGAGAUCCAUUUCCACUGGCAAGCUUGAAGGGACCCGGCACUUUCCGAGCAAUCCCAAUCAAAGAGCUCCCGCGGACGCCCCGUUGGAUUCAGCUCUACUGAGAGGCGCGACCAGCGCCACCGGGUCGGUCGCUGAAAUUCCCGCAAACGAACCUCCUAAAAGUAAGCGAAGACUGUCGUUUUACGACGCCGUCCAGCCCACUACACCCAACAUCACCGCACCUCAGGAACAACAGGACGGUAGCACCGAACAUGGCACGUGCAAAUGGGGCAUCGCCUCUACGACGGAAGCGCCUUUUUCAGUAGAACCAGUAACCACCGAUGGGCGUCCAACAAAAGCUCGAGCAGUCGCCGAAGCCGAAGACAAGCCUCCUCCAAGAGAACGCCAAACCUCGCAGCCGACACAGGCACUAGAGUCUGUUGCCGGUGCUCGGUCGAUCAAAGCCGCUGCGACAUCUUCCACAUCGAACAACGAAGCAGCCGAGACAACGCUGACGGCCGAAGUCCGCAGUGCAAAGCUACCGUCUGGUACGGUUAAGGCGAGGACACGCUCCGGCUCUACCGUCACUCUGGCGGUGCCCAUCGACGCGGCCUCGAGAAGCGGACACUCAGUAAAGUCGUCGACGCAAGACUCGGGGUCCCAGCGCGAGCAUUCGUUCUCGUCCUUCAUUAGAGGUCUCAAGACGUUGAGCAGAGAACGCAUUGCAGAGCAGCGGGCCAGGCGACGAGGAAGGAAGUCUUCGAUCUGGGACUCGGAACACGGGCAGCGCGGUUCAAGGAUAGUGGUCAGAGUAGCAGGGAUCACCAUCACAAAGCAGCAAAUCCUCCUCAUGGCCAUCUUAAUUUUCAUAGUGACAACCGUGACAACCGCCGUCGUCAUCCUGUACAGACGAGAGCAAGAAACUGCUCCGACAAAGCCGUACUGCAAGACCAAAGAUUGCCUCGAUCACGCCUGGCGCCUUUCCGAUAAACUAAAUAGCAGCCUCGAUCCCUGCCAAAACUUCGGGGCUUACGUCUGUUCCGCUUGGUCCCCACCAAAGGGGUACCUUGAGCACUCUAACUCAGCCAUGGAUGACGUACGGAAAUCUUGGUUCCCACUGUUCGGAAAUAUUCUUAGAGAAGGCGCCAAAACAAUUCGGGUUGGCCACAAGCCGCUAGUCAUGUACGCCACAUGCAUGGGCGACAGUAAACAGUACGGCUCGAACGUGGAUAUCUUCUGGAAGUUCCUAAAGGAGUGUAAACUGUCGUGGCCGGAAGAGCCAGAGCUAAGUGAGACCAGUGCCCUCGAUGUAUUGAUAACGCUCGCGUUCAAGUGGCAGGUUUCACUCUUCUUUCAAUUGAGACUACUGCGCUUGGGACCCGCACCAAAUUGGCGUUUGACUUUAAAUCCAGGCCCACUUGUACCGCUAAUGUACCAGCAUCAUCUCACGAUCAAAAAUACUGGCGGAUACGCCAAGUACUGGGCUGCGUUCUUCUACAUCCUCAAGGGAAGGUAUGACAAGGACGCGACGAUAAACCAGACGCUCAUAGAGACAACCAUGCUGUUGGAAGGGGACGUCUUUAGAAGACUCCUAUUCGCCAUGCGUCCACUUGGAGUCCAACAACUACUGGUGCCAAUCGCCAAGAUUAUUCUCUACACUCCGCCUCUGGACUCGAAGCAGUGGCUACGGGCAUUGAAGCAGUUGGAGCUUCAGCCUGAGAUGGAAUCCAACGACCAGGUUCUCAUAGCCGACAAAAACUUCUUCCAGACCAUGGCGGCCGUGAUGGCCUCGUACACGGACACCCAGCUGCUGUCCCUGAUUGCGUGGUCUUGCGUGCAGCUCCUGGCACCGGCAGUGGAUUUGCAGCUGCUGAAGUACCGGUACGACCAAGGCAUCAUACUUUACCGGCCAUACUUCUGCGAACGUUUUGUCGAGACCGCCUACCGACUCCUCGUGGUUGCUCUGACCUCUGUGUCGCGUUUCUCAAGACAGGAACGCACCGUCAUCUCUGCAAACUUCGACCACCUGGUUGCAAUCGCCAGCGCUUUGGUCAACGCCACAGACUGGCUGGAUGCUGAGAACCGACAACUUGCCUCUAUGAAGCUGGCUUCGACGCGCCUGCAGCUGUGGCCCCCGGAGCAUUUCCUGAAGAACGAGGCACUCGACCGCAUGUACGCGGCUUUUCCCAGCGCCGAAUUGCCGUUUGCAGAAUAUUGGAUGCAAUCGAGUCGGUCUGCCGCUGAUACGUACCAUGCGAGUGCCAAUAUCGACGUCUUGAGCUACGCGGUGAACUACGAACUGCCGUACCUCUUAUACGAUGCAGCGAGUGGCGCAGUGAAGGUAGCUGUGGGUGCCAUUACUCCGCCCCUGUACUACUCUGAAGGGACCAAAGCUAUGUUCUACGGAGGACUCGGAUUCUCCAUGGCGGUGAAUCUCGUCGCAUCCAUGGACAAACAGGGACUGCGGUGGCAUCCAAACGGCAUUUUCGGCGACUCCUUUUUGUCCCACGCUGCUUUUCGAGCGUUCCAAGACCGGGACGGCUGCCUGGCGACUGCAGAGGAGGCUGCCGUCGUUGACUACCCCACCUAUCAGACCCGACCAGGCUCCAGGACCAGCAUCUUCCCCGAGAUUCCCGCGCUCGAAGUGGCCUACGCAGCGUACAGGCGUUCCAUCAGCGAAAGCCACGAGGACAGUCCGCAGGGUAUUUCCCGGAAUCUCUCGGGCGAUCAGGUGUUCUUCAUGACGUUGUGCUACAUGACGUGCAGCCUUCCCGGAGGCGUGGGUCCGCACACGGUUGACUGCAGUAAGGCUGUGAGCAAUUCGGAGGCAUUCGCGCAGGCUUUUCAAUGCCCGUACGGAUCAAAAAUGAAUCCCAAGAAGAAGUGCACAUUCUUCACCCGAUAAGUGGGGGCUGGAAAGGACCCAAAUCAGGCGCGAUGUUUACCACGCCAGAAGUCUGAACGUACCACAUAUGUUUAUCAGUGUCAGACAAUAUACCUCUUCUGUGGACCUUGCAAUGCCUUAAAAUGUCCUCGCCGUCUUUUGCAAAGCGAUGGCGCUCUUUGCAUGAGGGCGUCAGCAGUGCAACUGGCACUUCGUCUACGUUCCUUGUUCUGGCGUACGACGCACUCUAAAAUACUGACGCGUUUUGUUUGGACGUUUCAUGGCGGGCGCGCGAUACAAGACGCCCCUUUUCUACGUUUUUCGCGUUUUUUUUUGUUUUUGCUUUUUUCUUAUUGCCCGUUCUUCAGCUCUCUGACUUAUUUUGUAUUUAAAAAUUUUACUUUUAGUCAGCAACAAUGUGCCCAUCUUUGUGUCUCAGGCGUCGAAAAACAUUCACGUCACAUACCGCGUUUGCGGGCUGUGUGCACUUUUGUUUAAUUUUUGUUUGCGAAGCCGUAUUCAUGAACGUGUUUUCGAAGACAAUGUCCAAUGUAUUUCUUGGCUGUGCUUAAAUGGAAAGUUUUUUAUUUCAUCAAGAUUUUCUUUGUAACUCGCGGCUGCCUAACGUGUUUUCUAUGCCCGUCUGCCCUGCACCAUUGAAUAUUCUGCAGUUGGCUGAAGGGCACCUGGUGCACACUUAGAGAAGGCUUGAAAGAAGCUAAUAUAUGACAGGUUUGAACUGCUUCCCGAGCCAAAUUAUUCGUAUCAUUUCUCUAGUAACUGCCACACACAGAAUUCAGUGAAUAAAACCUUAUUUUUGGCGAAUUCUCUGGCAGCUCGACUGCGGUUCUCGCAGCGCUCGUUAACGGUUCUCGAGACGAAUGAAAACCAACUGCACAAAAAGCGUGGCGUUCUGUCGUCGUACCAACUUAUCCAAUGUAUUAAACGUUCGAUUGUUAGCACGUUGCACAUUGAUGUAGA